AUGUCGUCGCUCCCAGACGUUCGCGAAGGCGAUAUUUUCACCGCUGUGCAUGACGUAUACCCGCUCAUCAAUCCCGCCACCCACUUCUCCAGCAAGACGUUCCAGGACAAGGUCGUCCUCAUUACCGGCGGCUCGACUGGCAUCGGCUUUACUACAGCGCUAUUCUACCUCAAGGCUGGGGCGAAGGUUCUCAUCGUCGCGCGUCGCGUCGAUAGGCUCGAGAAGGCGAAGACAGACCUAGAGGCGGGCGUCAAAGGCGCACAGGUACUCAUUCUUGCUGGAGAUAUCUCGGACCCCGAAGUUGGCAAGCGCGCCGUGAAGGCCACCGUUGAUGCAUGGGGCAAGCUGGACAUCGUAAUUGCCAACCAAUUUAUCAUGGUUGCUGGCCCUGAAAGCAGAUUCGCGGACAAAGACCCCGUGGCUUGGUGGAAAACGCAAGAGGUCAACGUGCGUGGCACCGUGAACGUUGUCCAUGCGGCUAUCCCCGAGCUGCUCAAAUCAAAGGGUCAGAUUAUCGCCACAACGUCAGCAGCGGCUCAUAUCCGCGUUCCCGCCUUCUUUGACUACAGCGUGAGCAAGCACGCGCUCAAUCGCUUUGUCGAGAUCCUCGCCAUAGACUACCCCUCCCUCCCGGUAUACGCCGUGCACCCUGGCACGAUUUUGACUCCCGGGGCAGAUGUCGUCCUGACCAGCAUGGGCGUGGACACCGCCGUUCAGGCUGGUGAUCUUCCUGAUACAGUCGAGCUGCCCGCCGCGACGUUCCUCUGGCUGACCGCGCGCAACGCCGAGUUCCUCACAGGCAGAUACAUACAGGCCACCUGGGACCUCAAUGAAGUCGUGGCCAAGAAAGACGAGAUCGUGCGGGACAACUUGCUGGUGACAAAGUUGGCGGGGCCCGCUAAGCUUGCGUGA